GUAUUUCUUUUCAAAUUUUUUAUUUAUUAUCUUAAAACCUGCAAUUUUUUUAAAAAAAGCAAAAGAAGUGUAUUGUUAUUUCAUUUGUGAACGUAUUUAAAAAUAAAACAACAUCAAAACUUCUUUACUGUGAUUUUAAAACAAAGUUGUGGGCAAAUGGUAACGUAAAGGAUAUAUUACAACUUAUAUAAGUAACAUUUUGCUAUAAAUGUUAACAGUUUUUUAUAGACACGUAAAAUGAUGGUUAUGUCACCCUAUUGAAAUGCAUAAAAGUUGACGAAAUUGAUUUGGUGUUUUAAUUAACGUAAUUGAUAGACGUCUCUGCGCUGCACUCGCACGAGGUGCUAGUGUGUUGUUUAUUUAAAAAUACGUUCCGCGCAUCGGUCAGCGCGUUGCUGGGGGCAUACCCAACACCGUUGGGUAGCGGCGACCGCGCCGCUGAUAACGAGGGUAGAUAAUCAACACGAAACAAUGGAUGUGCGGUCGAGCAGGAGUACUUUGAGUGAGCAGGAGUUGAUUGGUGAUGAGGUAGAACAAUUUCAAGAAGAGAAUUCUAUGCAAGAGAUGAAUGCGAUGGAGGAUUGGUUAAGACCAGAGAAGAGAAAAGAUGUCAACAGUGACGAUGAAUGGACAACGAUUAAAUCGAAGCAGAAGAAGCUUAAACCGGAAGUUGAGAAAAUAGAGAUGUACUUAACUGGUAGUGAACCGCUGCCGAAACAAUUUUCUUUAGCGAAAAUAUUUUGUGAGAUGGAUAUUACCGAUGUGGACCGCGUAAAAUAUGUUAACCCAUACAAAGUGCGUAUCGAUGUACAGAACCCACUGAGCGCAGAGAGGAUUGAAAAAAGUUCUAAGAUAGCAGAUAAAGGCUGGCGUGUACAAAGAGCUAUGGAGAAGAAUUUAUCAUAUGGUGUUAUUCGCGACAUAGACUUGGAAAUAUCCGACAAAGAGAUUUUUGACACAAUAUCGUGCCCCAAACCAGCAGAACUGGUAUCUAUAUUCCGUCUCAACCGGCGCAGUAGCUCGGGCGACGGAUGGGUACCUAGUGAGUCGGUGCGGUUAUGUUUUAAGGGUGCGUUCAUACCUGCGUAUGUUUCUAUAGGGGGGCUAAGAAUCCGCGUGGACCGAUACGUCUUCCCAGUAUCCCAGUGCGGGUUGUGCUGGAAAUUAGGACACCCUACAAAGAGAUGUCCCACAAACAAAGAAAUUUGUCCAAAGUGUGGAGGUAAACAUAACAACUGUGAAACCACUACAUUUAGCUGCGUCAACUGUAAAGGGGGGCAUAUGGCCAUGUAUAAAGGCUGUCCUGCAUUUUUGAAAGAAAAGAGGCUUAGAGAAAUCAUGGCUGAAUUUAAUUGCACUUACAGAAAGGCUCUGACGAUGUAUGUAGCCCCUAGUUCUCCAGUACAGGUGCCCAAAAAGUUUAGUUUCACCGCUACCCCUGCUCCUCCGCUAAUGGAGUACAUCUCAUCCGUGCCACCAAAAACCUUGCAAAGUAACGCACCGACUUUUGCUAGCGUCUUACAGACAAAAGCGGAGAUUCACAUCGAAGAAAACGCUAAACAAACACCAAGAUCGGUUUCGAAAAAACAACGUCGUCGUCGUAGGGAGCCUGAUGUAUCUGUAUUGGACUCGGCUGCUGAAGCUGAAAUAGAAGAGAUGCCCGGGAAAAAUGCGCCUCUGGAACAGAAGGAAAGAAGAAAUGUGAAUUUUGUAGAGUUAUUGAAUAAAUUGAAAGAUCUUUUUUUUUAAAAACAGUGUCGCUAGAAUCUAAAGUGAAAAGUGUACUUGAGUGUUGCAUCGAAUGGUUGAUCUUGGUUGCGGUAGACAAUAUUUCCGACUGGCCAGUAUUGAAAAACAUAUUAGAUCUGUUUAUGGACUAUGGAUAAAAAUAAAAAACCUUUGAAAUUAACUAUACUACAAUGGAACGCUCAAAGUUUAAGACCUAAGUUAUUAGAGUUUGAAAAUAUUUUAUUUAAAGAGAAAGUCCACAUUGCCACCGUGAGUG